CGACAUCUACGAAGGCUACUAUAUUCCAAAAGGGGCUACUGUAAUACCCAACGCAUGGUGAUUCGUCAUAUCAAGUGAACAAAGAUCAGACAUAACCAUUUCUUAUGCAGGUUUAUGGCGCGCAAUCCAGAUAAAUUUCCUAAGCCGACGAGGUUCAUACCCGAGCGUCACAUGUCAAAAGUCGCCGUCAAAGAGCCGUCAACACACGGCCCUGCCAGUGAUGACAUUUCCUUUUUUUUUGGAUUUGGAAGGCGUAUUUGUGUUGGACGACAUGUUGCCGAUGCUUCUUUAUUCGCCGCAGUUGUGAAUAUUCUAACUGUUUUCCGGUUGGAACGUGUGCCAGGAUGGAAUGUCGGGCCUGAUGCUGAAGGAGUGAAAUGGACCGGAGGCUUAACGACGCACCCUGUAUUCCCGUGCAUAUUCACCCCUCGCCACACGAAGGAAAGGGUAUCCCAGUUGAUAAAAAUGCAAUGCUAAGAGCUGUGCGGAUAUGGUUCUGGGGUGAAAUCAUGUAUUACC